GUGAAAGGAGCCGAUGAACCGUGUUUGGAUUGAUUUUCAAGCUUAAUUACAGACCAAACUUGGAGUGAUCUGAGCAGCUAUUGGAUAGAUCCACUGACGGAAAUAGUUUAUUGUGUCUGUUGGUCGAAGCUUGAUUGUUUUGGUCUCAGUCACACACAGAGCAGCAGGUGGGGACAACAAGAUGUCUGUUUGUCUCGUCUAAAUGUGAACUGAAGCUUUGACUUUUCAACAUGACACACCACCUGUCACUCCUCCUUCUCACGGUCCUGCUGCUGCUGCUUGGCCGCUGCACAGCUCACAACAAGUCAGAGACGGGAACGACGGGGCUGACCAGUGUCUCCCCUGACAGGAACAUUGUGGCGAAGGAGGGAUCGAGCACGCUGAUCGAGUGCAAUGUGACCGGAGGCUACGGUGACAUCAAGUGGUUCAACCCUAAAGGAGCUCAGCUAGGCGAGGACACAGGUGGGAAGUGGCAGAUUCAGGAAGAUGGCGCCCUGAACAUCACCGUAGUCGCCUUCCAGGACCGAGGCCGCUACACCUGUGUCGCCUCCAGCGCUGGAGGAGGUGCUCAAAACUACACGGUCACUCUGCGUGUCGCCCACACCGACAGCGGCCUGGGCCUUUACUACGUCUGCGUCUGCCUGGUGGCCUUCUCCAUCACCAUGGUCCUGAACGUGGCUCGGCUCUGCCUGGUCAGCAGCCACCUGAAGAAGACGGAGAGAGCCAUCAAUGAGUUCUUCCGCACAGAGGGAGCAGAGAAGCUACAGAAAGCGUUUGAAGUCGCCAAGCGCAUUCCCAUCAUCACGUCAGCCAAGACGCUUGAGCUUGCUAAGGUCACGCAGUUUAAGACCAUGGAGUUCGCCCGGCACAUGGAGGAGUUUGCACGGAGCGUCCCUCUGCCGCCACUCAUAUUGAACUGCCGCACGUUCACAGAGGAAGGCGCCGAGACGGAGCGGGUCGAGACCAGACAAGCUAUAGGCCCGCCUUCUUCUGACAGAGCAGGAGGAGAGGGUGAGGAUGAGGAGGUGUGUCAGGCUCUGCUGGCAAAUGAAGGAAAAGAGAACCAUACAGGAGGCGUAGAUGUGAAAGUGUCGGUCCAUACAGUGCCUGAAAAGGAUGACUGAGAAUAAGGAUCCAUGAAAAAUACAAUCUGACUCAGUCUAAAUCUAAUCAGAAGAAACUAUGACCCUGUUUACACUUGAUAUUAACAUUCAUGCUGGGUAAUCAGGUAAUCCUUAAUGGAUCACAUACUUAAAACCUAUUGAUACAUAUUAAUACAUAAAAACAAUAAUAAUUGUAUCGGGUAAGGUUUAUAAAGCUGUGAAAUAUUUGUUGUGCUUGAUAACUCAGAUCAAAAGUUGUUAUUUAAGUAAAAAAAAUGCAAUGCUUUGUUGUACCUGAAUAUUCAUCAGGUGUUUACAUUAUUGUGUGGGAUUUUUUAGCAUUAGAGGUGUUUGAAUAUUUAAAUAUGAUCUUAAAGAGGUAUUUCUCAGGGAGGAGAAGGAAAUGUUUGUGUUGGGCUGCUGACAGGGAAAUAAAACGCAAAUAAAUAUAAUUAAAAACA